CAAUCCAAACCAUCACCAAUAUUCUUUUUGCUCCCCCUCUUUACAACUCUCCACCAUCAUCACGAUACGAACCGAACUUAAUUUGUCCACCGCGAUCAUGGAAUCAUUCGAGUAUGUUGCCCAUCCAGCACGGGUGAUUUUCGGCAGCGGCACGAUCAAGAAGCUGCCAGAGGAGCUGGCAAAGCUCAAACUCACUCGCCCAGUUGUUCUCUCUACGCCAGAGCAAACUGGACAUGCCGAGCAGGUCAAGGAGGUUCUUCAGGGCCAGGUGGCCGGGCUCUUCGGCGAGGCAACGAUGCACACUCCUACCGAUGUGACGGAGCGUGCGGUGCAGUUUGCGACUGGAGCCAAAGCCGACUCGAUUGUUUCUAUCGGAGGGGGCAGCACCAUUGGCCUAGGAAAGGCCAUCAGCAUUCGCACCGGCUUAUACCAUAUUGCCAUCCCUACGACAUAUGCUGGCAGCGAGGUCACGCCUAUUCUGGGCGAGACGGCGGAUGGUCGCAAGGAGACCCGAUCCGAUCCCAAGAUUCGGCCCGGAACCGUUAUUUACGAUGUCGAUUACACCUUGACCUUGCCAGUCGGCCUCAGUGCCACCAGCGGCGUGAAUGCCAUCGCGCACGCAGUUGAGGCUCUCUAUGCCCGCAACAGCAAUCCUGUCGUCAACCUGAUUGCCCAGGAAGGCACCAAAGCACUCGCAAGCGCGCUUCCCGAGAUUAUCAACGACCCUGGCUCGCAGGCCGCCCGAUCCACUGCUCUCUAUGGCGCAUGGCUCUGCGGCACAUGUCUCGGCAAUGUGGGCAUGUCUCUACACCACAAGCUCUGCCACACCCUUGGUGGCAGCUUCAACCUACCUCAUGCGCAGACACACACCAUCGUCCUGCCACACGCCCUCGCCUACAAUGCCCCAAAGAUUCCCCAAGCAUUAAAGAGACUCGCUGAGGCGCUUCCCGAUGGUGACGGCGAUGCAGUCAAGGGCUUCAACAUCCUGCUCUCGAAGCUCAAGGUGGAACGAGGGCUCAAGGCGUACGGCAUGAAAGAGAGUGACAUUGACAAGGCCGCCGACAUUGCGGUGGCCAAUCCUUACUGGAACCCGCGAGAUAUUGAGCGGACUGCGGUGCGGGAGCUUAUCCGACGGGCAUGGGCCGGCGAGGAAGCCCGAAGUGACUUGUAAACUGUAUCAAGGUCUAGCUAAAUAAAUAAUUUCUCAGCCCUUC